CUACACCCUAUCUCCCUGCCUUACGCUCUUCCCCUCUCUCUUUCAUUUUCUUUUGUUUCUUCUUCAAAUACCUUCCUCCAAAUCUACAUUUUUACGGAGGGCUUAUCAUCCCUUGGUUUGGUUAUCAUCUAUUUUUCCAUUUGUCAAGCCAAGCUCAAGCCUUGGGGUUCUGCUGCACUGCUAACUAUUCCGUAUCAGUUUUCCAUUUUCCAAUAAUUUUGCAUUUGUUAUGUAUUUAGGGUCAUAAUAAUUGUUUCCAUUUUUCGAUUAUAUAUAUAAUAUAAUACGGAGUAUGUUCUAACGUUGAAUGCUUGAUGACAUUGUUAUAGAUUUGUGAUUGGUAUGAAUUAAUUUUAAUCCAACUACUCUAUUUAACUUUUAUGCUCAUAAGGUGUUUGUUGAAAUGCUUCAAUGAUCUUUUUAUUCAUAUUCACUAUUUUUGUGUGUUAAUUCACCUUUUUUUUAUUAUGGGUGAUGGAAAUGAUGGAUUAGGGACAUUAUUUUCUAUGUUUUAGUUGAAAUUGGGCUUGAAUGACCUUUAAUUUGUUUGACUAUUUUAUUUGAUUAUUACUAGUAUUUAUUUGUUAGUCCACUUCACUCAAUGUAUUUUUAAAUUUGAUAAUAUUAAUUUUAAACUCACUAGUAAAUAUUCAUUUUCAUGUGGUUUUGCCAUACCACUCAAUCGAGCUUAAUUGGUGUUAUGAAUCUUACUAAAUUAUAUGUUAGAUAUAGACAUAUAAAAACAUGUAUAUAUAACUCGUUUUCUGUAUGGUGUAUUAGCAUAGCCCUUGGAGUAUCAAACAUUCCCUAAAUCUGUCCCGAAAUUAAGCUUCCCAUUGUGAUGUUUAGAAUGUGCUUCACACUAAUUUGAAAUAAUUUUUGUACUUGUUCUAUUCCAUGAUUAUUGUAUCAUAUUUAGCAAGUGUAUGGACCUGGUGGAGAAGUGUUUGAGAGAUGCCAAUAUGAAUAAGAGCAACCUGCAGUGUGUUGUCCUUGUGGGUGGAUCCCCCAAAGGUUCAACAAAUGCCGCAUGAUUUCUUCAACGGCAAAGAGCUUUGCAAGGGCAUUCCCUAUGAAGCUAUGGCCUAUGGAGCUGCCGCACAGGCUGCCGUUCUGUGUGGAGAAGGAAACCAAAAAGUUGAAGACAUGUUGUUGGAUAUCACUCCCCUCUCCCUCGGCCUGAAGACUUUGUGUGGUAUUAUGAUCGUUUUGAUCCCAAGAAAAACAACCAUCCCCACUAAGAAAGAUCAAACCUUUUCCACUUCCUCAAUAAAUCAGUCGGGUGUCUUUUUGGGCUCUCAUGUCAUAUUAUCAUGUGUCUUUUGAUACUUUCGUUUCUAAAUAUUAUGGAUACUUGACAUCUUUUUGUAGUUUUUUCUCUUCUAGUUAUUAAUACUGCAUCUUACUCCGUACUUAAUUACUACUUCGUACUCUUAUUAGUGUGAAAGACAUGGAUUGUCAC